GCAGCCACCGUGCACGCGCAGGAGCAGCUGUGCCACUGCCUCCUAGAGCCGAGCCUGCGGAGGACAGGAACGGGCAAGCUGCAAACAUGGCAACGGUGACAGAGGCAGAGACCAGGCAGAGGCUGCUGAAGACUGUCAAGAAGGAGGUUAAACAGAUUAUGGAAGAAGCAGUUACAAGGAAAUUUGUCCAUGAAGACAGCAGCCACAUCAUCUCUUUUUGUGCUGCAGUGGAAGCAUGUGUACUUCAUGGUCUGAGACGCAGGGCUGCCGGGUUUUUGCGCAGCAACAAGAUUGCCGCAUUAUUUAUGAAGGUGGGAAAAAGCUUUCCUCUUGCAGAAGAGCUUUGCAGGAAGGUACAGGAACUUGAACAACUACUGGAAAGCAAAAAGAAUCAAAUGCAAGGUGCCCAGGAAACUGUUCGCAAGAACCAGAGAUUUCCUAAUCUAUCACCACAGGCCAUCAAACAUCUAUGGAUUCGUACAGCACUUAUAGAGAAAGUGCUAGAUAAAAUUGUGCUUCACUUAGUGGAAAAUUCCAGCAAGUAUUAUGAGAAGGAAGCACUUUUAAUGGAUCCCGUGGAAGGACCGAUCCUUGCCUCUUUGCUAGUUGGUCCAUGUGCCCUGGAGUAUACAAAAAUGAAAACAGCAGACCAUUUCUGGACUGACCCAUCAGCAGAUGAGCUUGUUCAGAGACAUCGCAUUCACAGUUCUCACUGCCGACAAGACUCUCCCACAAAGAGGCCUGCCCUGUGUAUUCAGAAAAGACACUCAAGUGGUAGUAUGGAUGAUAGACCAUCAUUGUCAGCGCGGGACUACGUGGAGUCAUUACACCAGAAUUCAAGGGCAACUCUUCUUUAUGGCAAAAACAAUGUUAUGGUUCAGCCUAGAGAUGAUAUGGAAGCUAUCCCUGGAUAUUUGUCUCUUCAUCAAACUGCAGAUACAAUGACCUUAAAAUGGACCCCAAACCAACUUAUGAAUGGCUCUGUGGGCAAUUUAGAUUAUGAAAAAAGUGUUUAUUGGGACUAUGCAAUGACUAUUCGUUUUGAGGAAAUUGUGUAUCUCCAUUGUCACCAACAAGUGGACAGUGGUGGCACUGUAGUGUUAGUCAGUCAGGAUGGAAUACAGAGACCUCCUCUCAGGUUCCCCCAUGGAGGGCAUCUCCUCCAGUUUCUCUCCUGUCUUGAAAAUGGUCUACUUCCACACGGACAACUUGAUCCUCCAUUGUGGUCGCAAAGAGGAAAGGGCAAAGUGUUUCCCAAGCUGAGAAAGAGAAGUCCUCAGGGUUCUUCGGAGUCAACCUCAGACAAGGAAGAAGAUGAAGCAACAGACUAUGUAUUCAGAAUAAUAUACCCAGCGAGUCAAUCUGAGUUUGUGCCUCAAGAUUUUAUGGAUCCUCAGGGGGUUGGGUUACCUUCAGUGUGGCAGCCCAGUACUCGCAAAUCCUCCUGCUCCUCAUGUUCUCAAAGUGGAUCUUCAGACGGAGUUCCAUCCAAUGGGUGCAAUCAUGAGAGAGCGCCUCUUAAAUUGUUAUGCGACAAUAUGAAGUAUCAGAUUGUCUCCAGAGCAUUCUAUGGGUGGCUUGCUUACUGCAGACAUUUGUCUACCGUGAGAACACAUUUAUCUGCAUUGGUAAAUCACAAAAUAGUGUAUCAUAAUGUUCCAGUUGAUGCAAGCUUUGGUCUUACUUCAGAUAUAUGGAAACAAUAUUUGGAAGAUAGUACGAGAUAUGAAGAACAAGAACUUUUACGUUUUAUUUAUUAUGGUGGAAUUCAGCAUGAGAUCCGGAAAGAAGUCUGGCCUUUUCUUCUUGGACAUUAUCAGUUUGGCAUGACUGAUGCAGAGAGAAAAGAGGUGGAUGAUCAAAUCCGUGCCUGCUAUGAACAAACAAUGGCAGAGUGGCUUGGUUGUGAGGCCAUUGUGCGACAGAGAGAGAAGGAAUCUCAUGCAGCUGCUCUCUUGAAGUGUUCUUCUGGAGCCAGUUUAGAUAUACAAAUCCAGAGAAUGAUGCAUAGAGACUCCACAGUCAGCAAUGAGUCUUCCCAAAGCUGUGGUUCUGAUCGACAAAAUCAUGCUCGUCUACAGAGUGACUCCAGUUCAAGUACGCAGGUUUUCGAGUCUGUAGAAGAAGCUGAUCAAGCAGACCCUAAAAGUGAGGACAGUAAACUUUCAAAAAUACCCAAUGGAACAGUACCUAAUGGGACUUGCUCUCCAGAUUCAGGCCACCCAUCAUCCAGGAACUUCUCUAUCACAUCUGGGUAUUCAGAACAUAGUUUUAGCACAGAUGAUAAUACCUCAAUGGAAACCAGUAAAAAUGCACUUUACCUCCACAUGAAGCCAGGAUUGGCAAGUGGAAAAAGCAGCCUGGACAGUGCAUUAGAUAACAAAAGGGUAGAAGAGGAACUUGCAGUUCAGGACAGCAUGGACACAGAAGCAACAGCCAAUGAAAGUUUGGAUGACUUUCUAUCAAUUACCGAAAGCACUGAGGACAUCUUGCUUGACAAGGAAACCACUGUACUUUCUGUGGUAGAAGCUUGGCCGGACAGUGAGGCUGAGAAAGAGAGUCUGGUGGGAAGUGAAGACAACCUAUCUGAAGAGCCAGAGAUGGAAAGUCUUUAUCCACAACUUGAUUCAUUGAUUGUCAUUGAUGCAACUAUGUCUGAAGUUUCUCCAGUCUCAUCCACUGGAGUGACAUACUCUCAAGAAAUGCUGGAUAUGUACACUAUCAACUUGCACCGUAUUGAGAAGGAUGUCCAGAGGUGUGAUCGUAACUUUUGGUAUUUCACACCAACCAACUUGGAAAAGCUUCGAAAUGUAAUGUGCAGUUACGUGUGGCAGCACAUUGAGACUGGCUAUGUGCAAGGAAUGUGUGAUUUGCUGGCUCCCCUCUUGGUAAUACUGGAUGAUGAGGCCCUGGCGUUCAGCUGCUUUACAGAGCUUAUGAAGAGGAUGAACCAGAAUUUUCCACAUGGAGGUGCUAUGGAUACACACUUUGCCAACAUGAGGUCUCUUAUACAGAUUUUGGAUUCUGAGCUUUUUGAACUCAUGCAUCAAAAUGGUGACUAUACUCACUUCUACUUCUGUUACCGCUGGUUCCUUCUGGACUUCAAAAGAGAAUUGGUGUAUGAUGAUGUGUUCUCCGUAUGGGAAACAAUCUGGGCUGCUAAGCAAGUGUCAUCUUCUCACUUUGUCCUUUUCAUUUCCUUGGCACUGGUGGAAGUCUAUCGUGAUAUUAUCCUGGAAAAUAAUAUGGACUUUACUGAUAUAAUAAAGUUCUUUAAUGAGAUGGCAGAGAGACACAACAUAAAACAGAUCCUGAAACUUGCCCGGGAUCUUGUGUAUAAGGUUCAGACACUGAUUGAGAACAAGUAAAGGGGCCUCCGGAGAGAAACAAGCACAGCCACAUCCACCGCAGCAUGAACACUCCCACUGCCAUGGAGCCCUGAAAUUCAUUUCUUUACCAAUGCAUUCAAGUCCCAACAGAAGUGAAAGGGUUAUAAAAUAUUGUAACACCCAGAUUAUUUACUUAGGCAAGUGCCAGAAACUGAAGCCAGUUGUAGUAGCAGAGGAAACCGCUGCUGACAGAAUGGGUUUCCUGUAUUUUCCUUAUUUAGUUUAUUUUUUUCCAUUUGGCCUUGUUAAUUUAUUGUUAAACCAAAGAUCUCAAUACAAGGUUGAUCUUCUAGCUGAUUUCAGAAAACCCUCAUGGAAAUUUUAGAAUAGUGUGAAUGUUCUAUCGAUUUUUGUUGAAAUAACUUAAAUUGGGUUAGGGUCUGGUUACGUGUAACUUCCAUAUGUAACAAUAAUCCAAUUUUUUUCUGAAUUUUGUUUACUUUUAGAGUACGGCCAAGAGAUCAGGUUUCCUGAUGCAAUUUUGCAGAAGGGAAUUCAAAAAGAGAAUUCAUACAUGUCCUUUACAGUCGAGUCUCAUUAUUAUGAGCACCAGUUAUAUCCAAGGUAACCGCUGUGUGCAGCACAAACAGCAGCUAGAUGGGCAGGGAGUAACUCAAUAAGGUCCUGGUAGGUUGUCUCAGGUAUCUCGAGCCAUGCUGAUUGCAGUGUAUGCCACAGCUGCUGGAUGGUGUGUGGGGGAGGAUCCAUAUAGCAAACAUGACGAUUGAUGUAGUCUCACAGAUGCUCAAUUAGGUUCAAUUCUGGGACAUUAGGGGCCAGGGUAGUACUUGGAAGUAUUGAUCAUGCUCUCCCAACCAGUGUUGGACAUUUCUAGACAGGGAAGAUAAUCAGCAUGUAUGGAUUACGUGAUCUGCAUAGAUGGAUUCAUACCCUAAUUGGUUAAGAAUGCCGUCCACAUGGAUGAGUGGGCUUAUAGAUUGCCACAAAAACAUUCCCCAGACCAUAACGCUGCCACCACCAGCUUGUGUUCUUCCAGAAAUGGUUGCAGUUCUUUGUUCUCUGAUUGUUCUCUCCUGACAAGCCAACAGACAUCUGUUCCAUGAAGCAGAGAAAUUAACUAAUCUGAGAAGGCAACCCUUUGCCAGUCAGCGGAGGUCUAGUUCCAAUACUGCUGUGAAAAUUAAAGCCUUUUCUGCCUAUGCAACUUCGUUAGCAGAGGUGCAGUGACCAUCUAUCUGCUUCAGAGUCCCAUACAUAGUAGGGUCCGCUGAACUGUUGUUUUAGACACCCUUGUGGUAGACCACUAGUUUAUUUUGGUGGUCAGUUACUCCACUGUCCUGUUGGUCCACCCUUGUGUACCUUUAUAACCAUUGUUCCCCUCUUACAUCAAUAGCAUGUGGUCAACGUUUCCACGUCACUUAUUUGCAAUGGUGCCAUUUGUCCACUCAUGAUACACUUUCAUCACAGCAGCACAAGAACAGUUCACAAACUGCGCAGUUUCAGUAAUAAUGACACCCUUGGCAUCAAACCCAGUAAUCCCUUAUUUGCAACUCUGAUAAAUUGCCCCUUUUACCCAUGAUGCACACCUUAUAUACCUAUCAAGCCAGCUCACAACACAUGGCUUCCUUCAUGAGCUACUCGCUGCCGACAUUGAACGUAGGAAGUGGUCAGAAUAAUGUGACUCGACUGUGUACUUUAUCCUUUUAUGAUCCACUCCUGAUUUUGGCUUCCAAAACUGCAUCAGGAAACUGGACUAUGUGGUUGUACCCUUAAUAUUGCUUAAAUGAUAAACAAGCAAUUUCUCUCUGAUUGUGUAGUCACUGCAAGCCUACAGUGGCCAGUGAUUGUCUUUUAGUCGAUAUUACAAAAUUUUGCACAAUAAUCGUUCCUUGUAAAAGACCCCUUACUAACUUCAGAUUUCUUAAGGCCAUAGCCACAGUUUAUGAAACACAUUAGCACACAGUAAACAAUUUUUCCUAUCCAGUGAUGUUGCCAUUAUGAGUUAGACUACUUUCACACUCGCGUUUUGGCUU